GGAAGACCCCCUGCCCAGGAGAUAUUCAAGCCAGGAAGGGGCUGUUCCCUGGGAGGGAGGAUGAAGGAGCCGAUCGGGAGGAGAGUACACAUCAGGGCCAGAAAUCACGUGGGCAGGGUGGCCCUGCACCGGGCUGUGGGUGCAGGGCACGAGCAGGCUGUGCGGCUGCUCUUGGAACACGAGGCUGCUGUGGAUGAUGAGGAUCCGCUACGGGUCCCCUCACGCAGGCAUGUCUGUUUUGGGAUGAAUGCGCUUCUCCUUUCUGCCUGGUGCAGUCACUUACGGAUCCUCCAGAUCCUGAUCAACUCUGGGGCCAAGAUCCACUGUAAGAACAAGGACAGCCUGACCUUACUGCACUGCGCAGCCCAAAAAGGCCAUAUGCCAGUGCUGGCGUUCAUAACAGAGGACCUGGAGGACGUGGCCCUGGACCACACUGACAAGCUGGGAAGGACAGCAUUUCAUCGGGCUGCAGAGCACGGGCAGCUGGAUUCUCUGGACUUCCUUGUGGCUUCUGGCUGUGACCACAGUGUCAAAGACAAGGAGGGGAACACAGCCCUUCACCUGGCCGCCCGCUGGGGCCACCUGGCAGUGCUGCAGCGACUCAUGGACGUCAGGCUGGGCCUGGAGGAGAGGAAUGCGGAAGGUCUGACUGCCCUGCACGCAGCUGCUGAAGGGAUCCACCCCGACUGUGUGCAACUCCUCCUCGGGGCCGGGAGUAGCGCGAACGCCCUCACCCAGAAAAAGCAGAGCUGCUUCCACUACGCAGCCCUCGGUGGCUCUGAGGACAUGGCCUGGGCCCUCGUCCAUGCAGGAGGAAGCACUAACGUGGCUGAUCAUCAGGGCGCCUCUCCUGUGCACCUUGCUAUGAGGCACAACUUCCCCGUCCUGGUGCAGCUCCUCAUUGACAGCGGCAGUGUCCUGGACGCCGUUGACAAUGCAGCAGACACCCCUCACCUUGCCGCCGAGCACGCCUGGCAGGACAUAGUAGGUAUUCUCCUCAUUGCUGGGGUUAACUUAAACCUGAGAGAUAAGCAAGGAAAAACUGCCUUGCCAGUGGCCACCAUCAACCAUGUCAGCCUGGUGGACAUGAUCAUAAAAGCCGAUCGCUUCUACAGAUGGGAGAAGGACCAGCUCUCAUGCAGGGACCUCUGUGACCCCUCUGGGAAGAGUUUGACCUUUAAGCAGGAUCAUCGGCAGGAAACACAGCAGCUCCGCUCUGUGCUGUGGUGACUGGCCUCCAGGUACCUGCAGCCCCACGAGUGGAAGAAGCUGGCGUAUUGCUGGGAGUUCACCGAGGCCCACGUCCACGCCAUCGAGCAACAGUGGACAGGCACCAAGAGCUACCGGGAGCACGGGCACCUCACAGCCAGUGAGAAACCCAGCAGAGUGCUAUUCAAAGGCCUCGUCGCCAUUGGCAGGAGGGACCUGGCUGGUAAGUGUCUCCCCUGCCCACCUGCUGCUCAGGGCAGCACCGGGCGCAGAGUCAGAGUUGCAUGGCCCCGCUGGAAUGCGGCAGGGCCCUCCAAGGCUGCUCAGACCACGGCGCUGUGGCGCUGGCUCUGAACCUUUCAGAUUGAUGGUCCUAGCCCUGCCUCCUCCUGGAACCCAGACGGAGACUUGGGCAACUCACAGUACCUCCUGGCCCCAGUCUCCCCAUCUGUGCCAUGAGGGUGACCCAGACGAUCCCUAUCACCUUCACAGCCCCAAGGCCACUGAAGCUACAAUCUCUUCCUAUCCAGCUCUCUAUACUACAUUGAUUUUUUUUUUCUUUCUCCAGUUUGGAAUAAGGUGGGAACAGCCUGCAGGGUUGUUUUUCACAAACAUUAAGACCUAUGGGCCAAAACUGGCUUAAGAUGAGUUGAACCAGUAAGAUCUGGUCAAAUAAAAUUUCUGAGGCCGUCACAACCUAUUUGAGUCUGUCAAUCCCAAAAGCGUUUUUUGGGAUUUGCGAUUCAGGGCACCAUGUAGAACCAUCAGGCAAGCGGAGUAACAGGUUCUAGUAAUGAUCCCUCAUUAAAAACAAAAUUGGCUCAUGAUGAAAAAGGCUUAAACUCUGUAACCUCCAUUGCCAUGGUGCAUUACAGGGCAACCACAGGAUGGGGUACUAGGCAGC